UCAUUGACACGCUCACAACACAUCAUCACACCGCUUCAUAAAUAACAUCACACUUCUCAGAUUCCAAAAAAUACAGUAUGGAGCAAAUUCACAGCGGCGGAGGAGGAGGAGGGAGUAGUAGUAGACGGAGCGAAGAGAUCGCUGUGACGACACGAUUCGAUACAUUGCCGGAAGAUUGUAUCUCGAUGCUGAUAUCACACACUAGUCCACGAGACGCUUGCGUUGUGGCUUCGGUUUCGAAAACUGUGAAAUCGGCGGCUCAGUCUGAUUUUGUUUGGGAGAUGUUUCUUCCGCCGGAGCACUCGUCACUUGUUGUUCCUCGAUCGGCGGAUCAUUUGUCGAAGAAAGAGAUAUUUUUAUCUCUCGCUGAUGGUUCUGUUUUGAUUGAAGAUGGCAAAAAGAGCUUUUGGUUGGAGAAAGCUAGUGGGAAGAAGUGUUACAUGUUAUCAGCUAUGGAUUUGAAGAUCGUUUGGGGAGAUUCUUCUGCUUAUUGGCGAUGGAUUACAGUUCCCGAGUCUAAGUUUGAGAAAGUGGCUGAGUUGCGUAAUGUGUGUUGGUUUGAGGUUCGUGGGAAGAUAAGUUGCGGAUUGUUAUCGAAAGGGACACAUUACUCGGUUUACGUAGUGUUCAAGAGGGCGCAUAAUAGAUCAUACGGGUUUGAUUCUGUACCUGUGGAAGCUGGAGUUGGUUUUGUGGGCAAAGAAGCUACCAAGAGAUCAGUGUUUCUUGAAUCCGGUGGGGUGGAGGACUCACGCAGCGAUUUUGGUUACUCGGGGAUUUCGUACGCGAUGGUUUCUAGAGCGUUUAGGAUGAGGCGGCCGUGGAUGCGUGGGGCUUGGAGAGAACAUGAAGAAGAGGAAGAAGAAGAAGAUGAAGGAGUGAGGAAGAGUGAUAGGAGGAAUGUGGAGGAGAUAAAGGAGAGAGGAGAUGGGUGGAGUGAAGUGGAGCUUGGGAAGUUUUACAUCAAUGAUGGAGGUUGUGAUGAAGACAGUGAUGAGAUUGAGAUUAGUAUGAUGGAGACUGAGAAUGGACAUUGGAAGAGUGGUUUGAUUAUUCAGGGAUUUGAGUUAAGGCCUGAAAGAAGAAACUGAUUUGAUCUAAAAUCUUGUCUUUUAAUGUCUCUUUGAGUUUACUUACAGUCUGGAGUUCUUGAUUUGAGAGUUGUAUCUCUUGUGAAUUAACAUCUGAAUAGCAAGAAGUAAGAUGGUUCAUAAUUCUUAUGUCUGCCAUAUUUUUGAGUCUUCAUUCUACACUUCAAAGCUCAAUAUAUACAACUCUUUUUUUAGUCU